AUGGCCGACGCCGCCGGAGACCGUGUCAUGUGUCAUGCUUGCGGCGGCGUCUGGCCGCGCAGCGAGCACGGCCUGAUUUGUCCGCAAUGCCAGUCGGACUUUACCGAGAUUAUCGAAAUCCCUCCCGACCCCGAUGAAGAACCGCCUUCUAUUUCCGACCGUCCCGAGUCUGCCUCCUCUCCUCGAUUUGCCGGCUCUCCGCGCAACCCAUGGGCUGAUCAUAACCCCUGGGCUGCUCCCCAAGGGGAUCAGGACCGUAACGAGGGUGAUCAGCCCUGGGACUCUGGAAGUGGAUUCCGGCAUCGCACAUACCGGUCCCCGGACGGUCGCUUCACUUUCUCCACAACCACCUACACGCAUGGCUUUGGCGGGCAGUCCGGGCAGUCCCCGUCCACGCGGAGCACUUCGAACCUCGAUCCGAUGAUGGUGGUGCAGAAUAUGGACAACAUCUUCCGGGGCUUGACAAGCAACUACCAACAACGCGAGCGUUCGGCCUCUGUGUCCAGCUCGGGGCAAGCCUCUAGCCAACCUCGGGGACAGGGACAACGUCUGGGCUCCUUUGAAUUCAAUGUUGAAACCGGGAAUUCCGCAACGUCCAGCCAGGAUGGUGGCUUACAUCCUCGAGACGCGGAUGGUCCGCAGCCGAUUAACAAUCCGCUACGGACCUUGAGUGAUAUCCUUGAGUUGUUUCGUGCAGAUUUGGGUGCCAACGCCCAAGCGGCUGGAGCUGGCGGCGCACGAGUGGUGACAGGGACUAACCCGCUGGCGAUGCUGUCGUCGCUGUUGAGUUUCGAUCGCCUUGGCGACGCGGUCUAUUCACAAGAGGAGCUAGACAGGGUCAUCUCUCAGCUGAUUGAUCAGACUGCCAACCGUGGCGCACCUCCUCCAGCCCCUGCCAAUGCCAUUCGAUCCUUGCCGAAGAAGAAGGUUGACACGGAAAUGCUGGGCCAUGAAGGCCGAGCUGAAUUCCUGAGCCUGUUUCGCGACGCACAAGCAGUGCCGAGGCCAACCCCGGUAGAUCGUCACAGCCGCCCCCAGGCGCUUGGCCUGAACAAUCACCCUCCUCGUGGAGCUCGCGAUCAUUCUCAUCCUGGUCAGCUGCGUCGCCUGGUCCUAGCUCUGAGGCGCCAGCUCAACGACAGGAGCAGGGACGAGACCAGGAGCAAGGUCAGGAGCAAGGUCAGGGACAUGAUCAAGGACAUGAUCAAGGACAUGAUCAAGGACAUGAUCAAGGACAUGAUCAAGGACAUGGUCAGGGCGAAAGCCAGGACCGGAACAGUGGACAGGACCAACGACGAGAUAGCCGUGGCGAGGGAUCUAGCACUGGCUCCGGGUUUACGGGCUGGGUGCGUAACCGAUUGGGAGGAGGGGGCAGCAGCAGCUGAGCUGGAGGGACUUUUGUAUAGACUUUGGACGACGACAGCAGCUGGUCAGGAGAUCGGGAUCCGAUGCAACGACUAG